ACCCUGGCGCUGGAGGCCGCUGGUCCCAAUCCUCCCCGGACCCUGGCCGGCCCCACCCAGGGGGCCCAGGAAGCCCUUGGCAGGCCCAGCGCAGGUUGCUCCGCCUCCUCGCCUCCAUCCUUUCUGCCCAGCAGCCUAAGGGACCCUGAUCGGGAUGGCUUCCCUCCUCCUCCUCCUCCUCCUCCUCCUCCGUGCUCUGAGCCCUCCUCCCUCCAGGCUCCUUCCACGUUUCCAGCAGGACUAGGACAGAUGCCGAUUCUGUCUUCCCACUUUGACUGGGCUGGUGAGACGGACAAGCUGGUAGAGGAGGCUGUUCCUGCAGAUAUUUGUGCUUUUUGCCACAAAGUCCUCUGCUCCGGGGCCCCUGCCAUUCAGGCCAUGAACAAGCAGUACCACGCCAGGUGCUUCAUGUGCCGAGUGUGCCACGCUGCCCUGGCGGGACAGCGCUUCUUCCAGAAAGAGGGCCGGCCUCUGUGCACUGCCUGCUACCAGAACGCCCUGGAGAAGUGUGCCAAGUGCCAGGCUUCCAUCUGGAGCCAGAUUGUGCGAGCCCUGGGCAGCGGGUACCACCCGGAGUGCUUCGUCUGUGUGGAGUGUGGCCGGGCCAUCGGGGAUGAGACCUUUGCGGUGGACGGAGAGGGUCAGCUGCAUUGCCUGGGUGACUUUUACAGGAAGUUCGCAUCAGUGUGCAGCGCCUGCGAGAAGCCCAUAACCCCGAGUGAAGGGAGAGAUGACUACAGGGUCGAGUGCCUGGGACGGAGCUUCCACGAGGACUGCUAUCGCUGUCAGAGCUGCCGGGUCCUGCUGUCCCCAGAACCAACGGAGGAUGGCUGCUACCCUCUGGAGGGCCGCCUCUUCUGCAAAGCCUGCCACAUCCAGCACAAAGCAUCGUCCCACUGAGCAGGAGGCACAAGCAUCUUCCGGGUGGUGCGCGGACCAAAGGAGCCAGUGUGGCCGGUUUCCACAUUCUGACUUCCUACCUCAUCUUUCUCUUGUUUUCUUGCAUCUGAGGCUCUCUGUUUUAGGGUUUAAUUUCUGGGGUGCAGCAGAACACACUGGGUGGCCAUGAGAUUUGCUGUUGGGCCAAGGAGGGCAGACUGAAGACAGCCCUAACCCUGCCGCUUUGCCUCCCAUAAAUCUUGCAGCAGGUUACAGCCACAAGUUCACAGCUGGAACACUGCCUACCUGCCUGCCAUGGGCCACGAGGGACUGGGCUGGUUUUAAGGACCGGGAAGGUGGAGGCCAAAUGGGUGCCUAGGCCCACCCAAACCCUUCCACGGAUGGAAUAGGAGUGCGUCUUCUGAAAGGGGCUGGUUGACAUCUGUCAGCGGGGUGCAUGGGUGGAGAUCACACACACACACACACCCCUUCACAGGGGGUGUCCUUUCCUGGCUGCACAGAUUGCAAAUGAGGUUUGUGCACCAAAGCAGGCAGAGGUCACCAGAGGGAGUGAGAAGACCGCCCCCCUGCCCCGGUUCCUCGAUUUCCAGAGCCAGGGCAGUUUCCCUAGAGGUUGUCUGCCCCUUCCUUGGCUCUGCCUGAUGGGGAAAUCAGGUUGCCCCUCUUUUUCACCUGAGGGCAGGAAAGCUUAACAAGGCAAAGGGGGGAUCCUUGAUGGGAAUGAAGUCUCAGGAAGUGGACUGGAAGAGCCCUGGCAAUGCUUUUCACGGGUUCUCUGCCAGCCUGCAUUCCACACCACUGGCAUCCUCCAGGUUCUGGUCAGAAGGAAGUGGAGAGCAAGCAGGCUGAGGAGGCUGGCUUCACAUACCCCACGGGGCUAAAUUCCAGGAGCAUGGUGUGAAGGGCCCCAUGACACAGAGUGCAAAUGAGCCUCUCCAGGCGAGCAGGCACAGGGAGCCCACCCAUCUGGCAGGCAGGGCCCUUCAUUCAGGGCAGGAACGGCCCGCUCAUGCUGGCCCUUGGGCGCCUUGCUAUCGAUUCGGAAACGAGGUACUAUUCACUCUCCCUUUUGCUCCUAUUCUCAUUUGUUUUGCGCUCUUAGGUUUGCAGAGAAGCCCACCGUAAACCAAGAGCGGGCACAGAUGUCUGCAGGAUACAUUGGCAAAGGUCACUGCCCAGUUUAGCUUCUUAAGUAGGCACAGGCUGUCCCUGCCCCCAAGUCCCUCCCUCCCCCGCGGCAUGCGCCCGGGACCUCCGGGAGGGGGCAGCACGAGGCCGGGUGAGGCUCCCAUCGGGUGUGCCUGUGGUCGCAAGGGCGCCGCCGGGCGGGGGGGGGGUCC